CCCCAACGCCCACCCCACCAUUCAUAGCAAACACGCCAUCCACAAUAGAGGGGAAACGGCCAACAACAGCUAUACACAUGGAAGAGACACACUUCUAAACAACAUACUUUACUUCAAGGAAUUAUCCUUGGACCAUUAUCAACAUGUCAAGUUACCUAAAAGAAGCUACAACCCCUUGUCCAUCAAGGAUGAACGCUUCAAUCUUCAGCCGAAGCAGCGGGAGAAGCUCCUCGGACAGCUUAUGGAACGAUAGCUUUGGCAGCUAUGACGAGACCGCGAAUGUCGAGUAUACGACCGAGAUCAAGCCGUCCGUUCUCACAGGGGCCAAACCAAGACGAAGAACCAAGACGAGCUCGUCCUUUAUGAUCCACGAUGAUCACGAUGAGAAACCUACCCAGAAUGCCUAUAGACCGAGCAUGGCAGUGCCGACGACAAAUCGAAAGCCAUCUUUGCUUGCGCAGCCAGCUCAGAGGUUUCGUCCUAGAGUUAGCUUUGCUCCGAGUCCGGGCAAGCAGUUGCGACAAGAACACGGCCACAAGACACAGGGCAGGAAGAUGGACGCAGAGAAGAAUAAUGAUCUUUUGAUGCAGAUUAAUGGAGGAGCGGGGAAGGCUCAGGAAAAGGAUAGCUUGAAAAUGGGUGUGCGCCGUAACACGGUUUACAUUCCCCCGGAUGAUACUACUGUGGCCAGCGCGUUUAUGGGCCUCUUUAGUCCGUUGAAGUCGGAGAAUUUCGCCAAUUGUAUUGCCGAGGAUACGCAGAUUAAUAGCUUGGAGUCGCAGAUUGUUAGGAGGCGACAGGCAAAGCGAUCACUUGCGUCGUCUGCUCAGAAGGCUCCGUUGCGGCCAAGCUCGAAGGUGAUGCAGGAGGCUUCUAUUCAGGUUGAUGUUGCUGGGAAGAACGGCGGAAAGGAGAAUAUUCCUCCGGGGUCAGUUCUUGUCGAUGGCAAGAAGGGUUAUCAGCCGUUGAAGAUGAAAGAGGCACGAGAUGAUCUCAAGGUGUCUCAACUGGCGAGCAGAGCUGGCGGUAUUUGUGCUACUGCGAGACCUGCUUCGAAGCCGCUUUCUGUGAAAACGAGCAACACGGUCCAAAAGGUUGCUGCCCUGGCUGACUGUCGAAACACUGUUAAGACGCAACCCAGCAAGGUCGAUCAUGGUAGCAGCGUGAAGCGGAGUUUGACGUCGAGUAACAACAGAGUGACUUCGAUGAGAAGCUCAAAUCCUUCAAGGUCGCUGAAACAGUCUACAACAAGCGCAGUGGCACCCAAGCUGACCGGUCUCCGAAGUAAUGUGAAGAGCAUUGAGAAAGAAUACCCAGUUAUUUCGGACAACAUCAUGAACUCGGCGCUGUACGAGGACAACUGGCUUUCGCACCAGGAGGUGGCAAUAACACAGUUGGUCAAUGAUUUGCUUCAGGGUGCAGAUAAGAAGCCAGCACUUGACAACCACGCAAUGCUUCGGCAUGAACUCCUCGCCCUGUAUCAGGGAGCAUCUUUUACGCAUCUACACAAGCGGCUUCAAGCGUCAUUGCUAUAUGGAGCUAUGAGCAUUUCAAAGGAUGUGCUUACGCGUAGUGACCGUCCUCGCCAAGAUUUGGGUAUGAAACGGAAGUUUUUGGAUAUUUGGGUCGAGACCUACGAUCUGCGAGCAUUGCGAGCCGCAGUGGAGGCCAUCACUGGAAGGAAAAUACCUAGUACCAAGUUGGCCCAGGGAAGCGAGACCUCCGAUAGGGAAAAGGCAAUGAAACGGAGACUGGAGGGCUUUUUGGAUGCCUUUUUGUUACAAAAUCAGGAUAUGGACCGUCAUGAAAAAGCCUCUACCGGAGAAACUGGCGACGCAGCCGGGCGCGCAUAUCGACGAACAGUACUUCGAAGCUUUAUGAUGGUCAUACUUUUGGACAAGGCCAGGCUGAGCCCAGGAACAACUGUUCCACACCGUCUUUUCUUGCCUUCCUCGCCCCGGAAGUCCUCUGCUGCAGUACUCCAGGAAUUGGCCCGGUUUCUGCUGCCAUCGUGCGGAGACGUCCUGAAGGCGUUGAGCCACUUGGACUGUGAACUGAGCUAUGAACAGCAUCCGUUGGAAGAGUACGAUUAUAGAGUUGACAACCUUGCUGUGGAUCUCCGAGACGGCGUCAGAUUGACGCGGAUUGUGGAGCUGUUGCUCUGUCCUUCUUCGUCGGGUGAGCUGUCGGGUCACAGCUCGCCCCUGUCAUGCUAUUUGAAAUUUCCAUGCAUGAGCCGUACGGUGAAGCUUUUCAACGUACAAAUUGCCUUGGAUGCGUUGGCUUCUGUCGAGGGAACCAGAAAGCUUGUCAGCGACGUACAUGCAGAAGACAUCGUCGAUGGACACCGCGAGAAGACGAUUGCUUUGUUGUGGAAGUUGGUCAGCACAUGGGGUCUCGCGGGGCUUGUGGAUUGGGAAGAUGUUAGAAAAGAGGUUGAGAGAUUGAAGCAAAAGGCAGUGUCCCAGGAUGGAUACGAGAACAUCCAGGACGAAACUUGGUUCCACCAGCACCUGAAUGAAGCCGAUGCUGAGGACGAACCAACGCUGUUGCUCAAGCAAUGGGCGUCUGUCAUAGCGCAUCUGAAGGGCCUACGACUUGACAAUUUCAGCACGAGCUUCAGCGACGGCAGGAUCUACGAAAGUAUUGUCGAUGAAUAUGAGGUACAUGUAGUUGGGCGGCCUGAGAAUCUUAACGACAAACCGGCAUCCUUGGAGUCUCGUCUUCGAGCACUAGGAUGCAGUGCACAGUUUGCAAAACUCGUGUCACCCGCCUCAAAGACCCAUAUCGUCGAUAGCGACUUUACAAUCGGGGCACUCGCCUUCCUCUGCUCGCGACUUCUCUCCGCCACGAAGCGCACUCGAGCAGCGACCGUGCUGCAAACUGCAUGGCGACGCAUUCUUGCGCGGCGGGAUGAACAGCGUCGCGCCGUCGCGAGGGAUAUCGCGAGACAAUGCGCAGCAGUUGUGCAGACACGAGACCGGAUGCUAUGGGCAAAGGCAGUGAUUGUGCAGUGGUGGAGGACGCAAGCCCAACGACGUCGCCGAAGGGCAGCUGCGAAUAAGACCAGGAGGAUUCGACGAUACUGAUGAACAGCGCUCAGAUUAUCAGGGGCGUUGCAUCAACAAGUGUUUCAUUUAAAUCAGCCGUUCAGGAACCAGAAUGACACGAGGUUUAUUGCUUUGUUUCUAUACCCAAUAAUUAUCAUCCAGCUAGUCAACAGUUCUAUCUAUAACCAUGACCAUGCAGGAACCCAGCCUUAGUAGCUACCUGACCACUGACUGGCCCUUGGCCCUCUUUCAAAUCGACCCUACCAACACAGCAAGCUACCUACCUACCUAC